CGUUGCACACAGAUCAAAAAGGCUUUCCUAGUCUUUGUUUUCAGGUUACUUCAAAGCUCCUGACAGGAGACAAGACUGGAUGUUUUCCUAUCCAGGACUUGGCAAUCCGCUGCAUCCAGAAAAACAUCAAGAAGAACCGGGGUGUGAAAGGCUGGCCGUGGUGGAAGCUCUUCACCACCGUCCGUCCUCUCAUCGAGGUUCAGCUUACUGAGGAACAGAUCCGCGGCAAAGACGAGGAAAUUCAGCAACUCAAGUUGAAGCUGGAAAAAGUGGAGAAGGAGAGGAAUGAGUUGAGACUCAAUAGUGACCGACUGGAAAGCAAGAUCACAGAACUGUCAUCAGAGCUUGCAGAUGAGCGCAACACAGGCGAAUCUGCCUCGCAACUUCUGGAGUCCGAGACCUCGGAGAGACUGAGGCUAGAGAAAGACAUGAAGGAUCUACAGGCCAAGUUUGAUACCAUGAAGAAGCAGAUGGAGUCUAUGGAGAUGGAGGUGAUGGAGGCACGACUCAUACGCGCAUCAGAGCUCAACGGGGAAAUGGAUGACGAUGACACAGGUGAGUUUGUGAUGUCACUUCCUGGACAGAGCGAGUUUGGAAUCGAACGUAUAUUGGGGUCUCAGUGAAGGGAUUCCCUCAUGAUGGCUGAGCUUUGAGCAAA